UACCGUUAACAUAUGUAUUAUACAUGUAAAUUCUGACUAUGGCACAAUAUAAAAGCAUUACGCCUUAUCACGCCUUAUCACUACGAGUUUGAAACCAUUCAGCAGACAAAACCAAAAUGUGGAGCAGGAGUGUAUCUCUUGUUUUGUGUGUGUUAAUUUCAGGAUGCGUCUCGUAUUAUACGACGUUCAAAGAUGGUUGGAUUGCAUUCAGCGGUUCCUGUUACCUGUUCCGUGCGCAAGCAAUGCCAUUUACAGAAGCUGUACACUUUUGUCAACAACACGAACACAGUAAUCUUGUUCACGUAGACGAUGACAUAGAAAACAGUUUUUUGAAAGACCGAAUGCGUCUCUACAAAGAUGCCGGGUGGUGGAUGGGACUAACGGAUGAGGAUAUAGAAGGAGUCUGGCAAUGGUUCGACACGGAUGAGAGGCCAACAUUUACAGACUUCAAACCGGGCGAUGGAGGAGACCACAACAAUGAGGAUUGUGCAACGUUCGACCCAGUGUGUGAUUAUAAUUGGGUCGAUACCUCCUGCUCUGACCGAAUAUUUGUGCUGUGUGAAGCCAGCGGGCACGAAUAUGGAGCAGCUAUCGUCGGAUGAUAGACAUGCUAUGAAGUUAACACUCCGGAGUCUUUUGUAAAGACUGAAUUGAUGCCUUGAUUGUAAGUUAGACUCGUAAUCCGGAAAAUACAAUUUAAUAUGCGU